GCCUACGCGGGGCCGGGAAGCCUCGGCCUGGGAGUAGCAGCCGCGCGGCCCUCAAUCCCCAACCCCCCCCCCACCACCCCCCGGGGAGGGAGGGGGUGUGAGCGGCGGCGGCGGCGGAGCGGCAGCAGUUGGAACCGGCGGCCGUUCGUGUGUCUCUCUCCCUCUGACGGUCACAGUCCGCGUCGGUCACAGCAACAGCAGCAGCAGGUCGGGAUUCAGGGGGAGAGAUGGAGGCAACGGCGUCCGGAGUGUUUUGCAGCAGGAUGAUGAGCAUGGUGAACCGGGAGGACGUCAACGCCAUCGUCCAGGCCCAGAGACACAUGCUGGACAGGUUUGAGAAGACCAACGAAAUGCUGCUGAACUUUAACGGCCUGUCGAGUGCGCGCCUGCACCAGAUGACGGAACGCUACCAGCACCACACCCGCACGCUGGUGGAGAUGAAAAAGGAUCUCGAUAGUAUAUUCCGGCGGAUAAGGACUCUGAAGGGGAAACUUGCCAAGCAGUACCCAGAAGCUUUCAGCAGUGUACACGAAUCUCCCAUGUCUGAAGACGAGGAUUUUGAGCCGUUGCCCAGGAACUCGCUGGUGCUGUCAACUGCUUCAUGUCCGAGCUCGGAGUCCAGUGACACGAGUCCCACGCUGCUCUCCACCGGGGCGAGUGGGGACUCGGAGGACGCCUCCCACGGCCCCCCAGAUCUCCCCAUCAUCAACGGACAGAUCAGCGGCCGCCGGCAACCACAGCAGCUCCCCCCCACACGGGAUCGGGGGAGAACAGAGAUUAACCUGGGAUCGGGGUAAACAAAUAACCUUCACGACAACUCCCCACCACCCCCUCCCCCUCACACCCCCACCUUCCCCUCAC